AUGGGCAACUGCGGAACCAGAGGGGAAUCGGCCGUCGCCGUUGCUCAUGUCCCAGGUACGCCACCUUCGGCGCCUUUGCACCGCUUUUCAGUGGCACGUCCUGCGGCUCUGACCAAUUAUACCGUAUUUCUUCUCGAUCCGUCCAAUGUCUCCUCGCCCCUCCCUCCCUCACCGCUCUCAUCCGUGGUAUCGAUGGAUCUGUCACAUCGGGAGCCACCUUCUCGAGUACAAUUAUCCACACAAAUCUAGGCGUAUACAAUUCUUUUAAAAUUCUUGCGAGGUUUCCUGUCCGUCGUGGAAUCGCUUGUAUGGUGCAUUUAGGGUUCAUCGAUCCAGAUUUUCUCUCGAAGCUUUCUGAACAUUUGUGGACAAGCUUUCGUUAUCUUCAGCUCCGAACGUCAACGAUUUGAGUCAACUCCGCAAAGCAAUCCCCUCUGCUAUGCGUUUAUCUCUGCAUAAUCUGCAAAAAUAGGUCAAACCCAAUCAAUCGACUCUGAUCUGCAACCAUUUCCGCUUUGCUGUGUGAUGAUCAUCUUCUGCAUUUCAUGGCGCCAUGCUCACCGUCCCCGCAUGUUUCCCGGUGCCAGUCAGGAGCGCUUCCCUGGAGAAGAAACAGAGCCGCUCCUUCUCGGACCUGAGCGAUUCGUCCACACCGCGACCCUUUGAAGAUUCGAGGAACAUUUCGAUCUACACCAACACCAUCGCCUUCACAUUAUUUGAGCUGGAAACCAUCACCAAGCGCUUCCGCUCUGACUACGUCCUCGGGGAAGGAGGGUUUGGAACGGUGUACAAGGGAUACAUCGAUGAGAACGUGAGAGUCGGUCUCAAAUCCCUUCCCGUUGCUGUCAAGGUCCUCAACAAAGAUGGCCUUCAGGGACACAGAGAAUGGCUUGUGAGUAAAUUUCUUCAUGUUCUUCAUUUUUCGAGGGAUUCCUCGUUGACCUUUUCAGAGUUCCAAGGGUUGACCGGAAUAUUAGGUCAAUUCUAGUCGGUUUACAUUACAUGCCUAGCAUAUAACGUGGGCAUCGAUCUGAUGAAUGCAGGGUGACCCUUUUGUUUUGUUUUUUCUUGGUCGUGCUGAAACUUGAAUCUCAUCAAUACAGAAACUCUCCAUUCAUGUCUUGGAUCGAAUGGGUGAUGAGCUGUACUGGAUUAGCUCGCAAAACCCAGUUGGAGAAUCUUUCCUUUGACUUGUUAGUUCGAUGAUUGACCCUCUAAGUCAACCCGUCCUCGGUCCACUUAAUCGCGGGCAUCUCAGCAAAGUCGAACCUUUCUUGCCAGGCAUCGGAGCUUGUGAAAAUUUUAUGGAUGCAUUUGUUUAUUAUUUUAUCCACAUUGGUUGAGACCUGAGGCGCUCUUGCUCCUGCAGACGGAGGUAGCUUUUCUCGGCCAGCUGAGGCAUCCGAACCUGGUGAAGCUGAUCGGGUACUGCUGCGAAGAUGACCAGAGGCUCCUGGUUUACGAGUUCAUGUUCAGGGGGAGCCUCGAGAACCACUUGUUCCGGAGUACGUCCUCCUCUUCCUCUCUCAUUUAGUUACUUUGACUGAUUAAUGGGGGAUUCAUUUUUCAUCCAAGUUCUUGCUCUUGCUUGAGGAGUUCAGAGACGGCGGCGCCGCUGCCGUGGCCGACGAGGAUGAUGAUCGCCCUAGGCGCCGCCAGGGGGCUCGCCUUCCUCCACAACGCGGAGAGGCCCGUCAUCUACCGGGACUUCAAGACCUCGAAUAUCUUGCUGGACAGCGUAAGUCCAAACCAGUUCCUUGUUCUUCGCUGGAUCGAACUUUUCGGCUCUCUCGCCGGCGCAUCACCUCCUGUUCUUCCCGGCUUCACAGGACUACACGGCCAAGCUCUCCGACUUCGGGCUCGCGAAGCUCGGCCCCCUGGGCGACGAGACCCACGUGUCCACCCGCGUGAUGGGCACGUACGGGUACGCGGCGCCGGAGUAUGUGAUGACUGGUAGGUCCUCCUCUCGGGGCAGGUGGCGCCGCCGCCCCCCACGACGGGGUUCGUCCUCAUCGCCGGUGCUGGUUUGUGUGCCUGCGCGCAGGUCACCUCACGGCGAGGAGCGACGUGUACAGCUUCGGGGUGGUGUUCCUGGAGCUGCUGACCGGCCGGAAGGCGGUGGACAAGACCCGGCCGGCGAAGGAGCAGAGCCUGGUGGACUGGGCGCGGCCGCUGCUGAGCGACAAGAGGAAACUCCUGCAGGUGAUCGAUCCGCGCCUGGAGGAGCAGUUUCCGGCAAGGGCCGCGCAGAAGGCCUGCAGCCUCGCCUUCUACUGCCUCAGCCAGAACCCCAAGGCCAGGCCCCUCAUGGCCGACGUGGUGGAGACCCUCGAGCCCCUCCAAGACGCCGCCGCCGCCACCGCCACCCCCACCGCCACCGGCCCCCGCCAUCGCCGGCCCGCCGGCCCCGCCGGCGCCUGCCGCUCCGUUCGCAGCCCCAAGUGCUCCCCUGCCACCGCUCCCCCUCCCUGCCGAGUGAGGUGA